ACUAAUAAAAUUUAGUAGCGCAUUUCUUUAUUUAUAUACAUGUAUAAACCUAAUAGCAUAACGAGAAAUACCUAGAAGCGCACGUCCUAAAGACAAUGUAUCUCUAUAACUAAUUAUCUAUGCUAUAUAUAAAAAUCAAGAAUAUCAUCCUACUACCGACGCGGAUAUUCCUGAUUACUGGUAGAUCACGUUGAUCAAUCUAUGGAACUUGAAAAAAUUUUAUUCACAAGAGAAAACACGUUAAUUUUAUUUUACUUCGCAAAAGUAUUAUAUUCUGCCAUAGAAUUCAAAGAAUUCAGAGGAUUCAACUAUGUUAGGUUUUACUUUUUUAAAAGAAAAACUCAAGUACUGGUUCUUGUAUUUCAGAACAUUAUAAAUUGAGUCUUUUUUAGUACUUAAAUGUUGGUUAUGAUUAGACAAGGAAGAAAG